UGCAGGAAAUCAAACCAUAGAAAACUUGACGAAGAGGACAGAAAUUUCAUAGUCCAACCUUUCGCGACAGAAAAAAGAGGAGAAAGUCUCUUCCGAAGUGAAGAUCCGUGUCGAAAACGUCGAAAUACCGGAAAAAUGGGGAUUGUCACGGCGACCACGAUAGCCAUAAAAGGUGCGACGAUUCUCCUGGGUAAGGUCGCCAUAAUUCCCGUGUUGAUCGCGGCCCUCGCGUAUUUCAACUACGAUCUGAUGGACCCGGAGAACCAGCCGAAGGUGACCAAGAAUCUGAUGAAGGAAUACGAUUUCGUGGUAAUCGGCGGCGGAUCUGCCGGCAGCGUGGUCGUUAACAGGUUAACGGAGAACCCGGCGUGGAGCGUGUUGCUGCUGGAGGCAGGCGGACACGAGACCGAGAUCACGGACGUGCCGAUACUGUCGCUUUAUCUGCAUAAGAGCAAAUUAGAUUGGAAAUAUAGAACACAGCCGCAGGACUCCGCGUGUCAGGCGAUGGUCGAUCGUCGGUGUUGCUGGACCAGGGGAAAGGUCCUCGGUGGUUCAAGCGUGCUCAACACGAUGCUCUAUAUUCGUGGGAACCGACGUGAUUUCGAUCAAUGGGAGAGUUUCGGGAACUACGGCUGGGGUUACGAGGACGUUCUGCCCUACUUUAAGAAAUCCGAGGACCAAAGGAAUCCCUACUUAGCCCGUAACACGAAAUAUCAUUCCACUGGAGGGUACCUUACAGUGCAAGACUCCCCGUACAACACUCCGCUGGGGGUCGCGUUCCUGCAGGCGGGCGAGGAGAUGGGCUACGACCUGUUGGACGUGAACGGCGAGCGACAAACUGGUUUCGCGUUUUACCAGUACACGAUGCGACGAGGGACCCGCUGCAGCGCGGCGAAAGCCUUCGUCAGGCCGAUCCAACUGCGGAAGAACUUCCAUCUGUCAUUAUGGAGCCACGUGACCCGCAUUCUCGUCAAUCCCCACACGAAGCAGGCGUACGGGGUGGAGUUCAUCAGAGAGGGUCGCAAAGAAGUGGUCUUCGCUCGAAAGGAGGUGAUCCUGUCGGCCGGCGCCAUAAACUCUCCUCAGCUGCUGAUGCUGUCGGGGAUAGGUCCGCGAGCUCACCUCGAAGAACUGGGAAUCCCGGUGAUCCACGACUCGCCUGGCGUCGGCCAGAACCUGCAGGACCACAUAGCAGUCGGGGGGAUAACGUUCCUGAUCGACUACGAGAUCAGCGUGGUGAUGGGCCGAUUGGUGAACAUCAAUUCGGCUCUAAGGUACGCGGUCACCGAGGACGGACCCCUGACCUCGAACGUGGGCCUGGAGGCUGUAGGCUUCAUCUCCACCAAGUACGCGAACCAGACCGACGACUGGCCGGACAUAGAGUUCAUGCUGACCUCCUCGUCCACGAACUCCGACAGCGGCACGCACGUGAAGAACGCGCACGGACUGACCGACGAGUUCUACAACGAGGUGUUCGGCAAGAUCAACAGCCGCGACGUCUUCGGCGUCUUCCCCAUGAUGCUCAGGCCCAAGUCCCGCGGCGUGAUCAAGCUCAAGUCGAAGAACCCCUUGGACUAUCCUCUGCUGUACCAUAAUUACUUGACCCACCCCGACGAUGUUGGAGUUUUGAGGGAGGGCGUCAAGGCCGCCAUUGCCUUCGGCGAGACCAGCAGCAUGAAGAGGUUCGGCGCCAGGUUCCACAGCAAACCCGUGCCCAACUGCAAGCACCUGCCCAUGUUCACCGACGAAUACUGGAACUGCGCCAUUCGACAGUACACCAUGACCAUCUAUCACAUGAGCUGCACCGCGAAGAUGGGCCCGCCGACCGACCCCAUGGCCGUCGUCGACCCCGAACUGAGGGUCUACGGGGUGCGCGGGCUCAGGGUGAUCGACGCGUCCAUCAUGCCCACCAUCACGAACGGGAACAUCAAUGCGCCGGUCAUCAUGAUCGGGGAGAAAGGCGCGGACAUGAUUAGGAAACAGUGGAUGUCGCGCUGGAAGAGGGACAACGUCACUAUCGCCGGCUCCUGAUACGUCGAAUUCUUGCCGAGAAAUCGGUCGUCGGGGAACGAGCCCGUUGCUCCGUGAGCGAUUCGCCGGCCCGAAAUCGUUCGGAGAUUUCGUUUCGCGCGGAUUAUGGGGAUUUGUCGUCGACGGAUUGCGUUUUCGUUAGGGCUGAAUCUGUGCACUUUCGUUCGUUAGUUGCUGGACGCGAGAUGUGGCUUCGACGGUGUUAAGAGAAGAAACGAGGUUGCUUCUGCAUGACGCGGCGAAUUUCGAGGUGGAAUUUGAACGGUUUUUUGAGGAAGCGGAGAAAGUACGGAAUUAUGGGCGAUUCUUGUGGUAGGUUUAUUGGAAUGUACCGAGUUGUUGAAUUUGUUUGCGUUAUGUAGUUGGAUUUACAAUUUUUCUGUAAUUUUGAGCAAUAUUAACCCUUAGAACUCCAGAUGAUUUUGGAAUCUAUCGAUAAUUCCAAGCCGUUUUUAUCCCUAGCACAAUUUCUUUAUUUUCCUUGAUACAAAGUUUGGAUGUAUAGAAGAUCCAGUAAUCUUAGGGUAGUUCUAAAUUUAUUCAUUAAAAUAUUUAAUAGUAUAAAUGGUAUCAAUGGAGCCUACAGAGU